AAGGUCUUUCGUUCAUGUAUGUUGAAAUAGGUUAAGUGUCGGUUUUUGCUCGCAUAAAACUGCCAUAUAGUGUUUUUAAUUACUUGUUUGGAAAGUAUAUUUAAAAAAUAGGCGAAAAUUUAAACUUUGUUUUAAUUUGAAAGGUCAAUUAUAAACAUGUCUGUGCUUACGAGUAGUCAAUACGGUAAAUUGCCUUCCUUCGAUUUGAAAAAGAAUGCAAGCUUUUUCAACCUUCAAAAAUAUGAAUUACCUGUUAUUGGGACGCUUGUUCACGAUUACAUCGUCCCCGGCUUCAAAUACCGUGUGCGUCUGAUGAAUACAAACGAGCAAUUAUUUGGCGGUAAAGCGAAGAAACUCGAAUCGAUUGGAAAAGGUUAUGGCAGACGUCUGACAUUUGAAAGUGAGGAUAUUUUGGAGAAUAACAACUUCUUUUGGUCCGACAGCCAUGAAGCUGGCUUUGCGUUUUUACCAGAAAUUUUAUCGGUCGGUGAUAUUUUUCAAGCUUUGGAUAGUCAUGGAGACGAAGUGGGAUCUAUUUUCUUAACUCAAGUCAGCGAACCACAAAAAAUUACAGGAGUUAGCAUUGAUCAGGCUGUUGAAGUACAUGCAACUGCUACUUUGUCUGGAAACUUGACAUUGCUAUCUCAAAUGGAUAAAAAUAUAAAACUCAAUGGGCAAGUCGUGAUUACAGCCAAUCGAAAUUUAUGUUCCUUUGAGUUCCUCGAGAAAGAAAUAUACGCUAGCCAUGGAGCGCUUCGUUUCAUUAAACAUUAGCCUAGAAUAUGGACGAGAAAAACGGGUUUAUUGGGGAUUAUAAGUUUAAUAUGUAAGGAAGAAAGGUGUUGGAAAUUUGGAAUUAAAUAUUAAAUAAGUAAAACUAAAAGCAGCAGCCGUCGUCUACGUUCUUGUCUGUGAUUUGCUGUCUUUCUAAAUUAGGUUGUUAUGCAAAUAAUUUUAUUGGAAAUAUGUAAAUUUGGGUUGUAAAGAUUUCUUAUUAAAAGUAUACUUUAUUAA